AUGAGUACGCCGGAUAGUAAUAAAAAACCAAAAAAAAAUUUUGCAAAGCCAAAAUCUAUUACGUUUGAUCCUGAUGACGAUGGUUCAAUGCGUCUAUCAUUUAAAUAUUCGGAUGGAUGCAAGCAUGAAAUCAUCUUAGAACCUCAUACAGAUGUGUUCUCUGAUAAAAUGCUUAAUAAUGGUAAAAAGAAACUAGCCAACUAUUUUUUGAUGUACAGAAGUUGUCUUUCAAAUGCAAUGUUAAAAGAAGAAGAAUUGCGUUGCACCGAGAAGUCGUGCCCUUUGAUUGCACUUUCUAAGAAGGAUAGACAAACUUUUAUAUCACAACUAAGCUCACAUAUAAGGGAAGAGCAUAGAAAUAUAAUCUCUCGCGUAUUUUCUCCAUUAUAUGGAAAAUUAAAAAGUGUUAGAAAGCAAACGCCAACUAACGUGAAUAAACCACAACGAUGCUAUUCCGAUUCGGCGAUCUCAACAUCCUCAUUUCUAGCAGGAUCAACUAUUUCAAUGCCUUCACAAUCUUCAGCGGCUGGUACACCAGAAAUAUUAUCAUAUUUUGAUUCAGAAGAUUUUAUGAAUCCAAGCCCAACUACUCGGUUAUCAUGCCCGAGCGCAGUUUCUACAAUUUCACAAUAUCCAUCUCUGGCUGGUUCGCAAGAGACACAAUCAUAUUUUGGUUUAGUGCAUUCUACAGAACCAAGCACAAUUACUCAGUCAUCAGAGAUCAUAUCAAACCCGAGCAUAAAUUCUACCACUUCACAAUAUUCAUCUCUAGCUGGUUCGCCCAUUACAACGCCUUCACAAUCUUCAACGGCUAGUACGCCAGAAACAUCAUAUUUUAAUUCAGAAAAUUUUAUGGAGCCAAGCCCAAUUACUCAGUUAUCAUGCCCGAGCGCAAUUUCUACAAUUUCACAGUAUCCAUAUAUGGCUGGUUCGCAAGAAACACCAUCAUAUUUUGGUUUAGUGUAUUCUAUGGAACCAAGUACAAUUACUCAGUCAUCAGAGAUGAUAUCAAGCCCGAGCAUAAAUUUUACCACUUCACAAUAUUCAUCUCUAGCUGGUUCGCCCAUUACAGCGCCUUCACAAUCUUCAGCGGCUGGUACGCCAGAAAUAUCAUCAUAUUUUGAUUCAGAAAAUUUUAUGGAGCCAAGCCCAAUUAUUCGGUUAUCAUGCCCGAGCGCAAUUUCUACACAAUCAUAUUUUGGUUUAGUGUAUUCUAUGGAACCAAGCACAAUUACUCAGUCAUCUGAGAUGAUAUCAAGCCCGAGCAUAAAUUCUACCACUUCACAAUUAUCAACUUCCCGGAAUGCGACAUUAGAUUGUCACAGUAGUCUUACAAAUGCAGUGUUAAAAGAAGAAGAAUUGCGUUGCGCCGCGCAGUCGUGCCCUUUGUUUGUGCUUUCUAGUAAGGAUAAACAAAGUUUUAUAUCACAACUAAGCUCAGAUAUAAGGGAAGAGCAUGAAAGUAUAAUCUUUCAUGAAUUUUCUCCAUUAUAUGGAAAAUUAAAAAGUAUUAAAAAGCAAACGCCAACUAACGUGAAUAAACCACAACGAUGCUAUUCCGAUUCGGCGAUCUCAACAUCCUCAUUUCUAGCAGGAUCAACUAUUUCAAUGCCUUCACAAUCUUCAGCGGCUGGUACACCAGAAAUAUUAUCAUAUUUUGAUUCAGAAGAUUUUAUGAAUCCAAGCCCAACUACUCGGUUAUCAUGCCCGAGCGCAGUUUCUACAAUUUCACAAUAUCCAUCUCUGGCUGGUUCGCAAGAGACACAAUCAUAUUUUGGUUUAGUGCAUUCUACAGAACCAAGCACAAUUACUCAGUCAUCAGAGAUCAUAUCAAACCCGAGCAUAAAUUCUACCACUUCACAAUAUUCAUCUCUAGCUGGUUCGCCCAUUACAACGCCUUCACAAUCUUCAACGGCUAGUACGCCAGAAACAUCAUAUUUUAAUUCAGAAAAUUUUAUGGAGCCAAGCCUAAUUAUACGGUUAUCAUGCCCGAGCGUAAUUUCUACAAUUUCACAGUAUCCAUCUCUGGCUGGUUCGCAAGAAACACCAUCAUAUUUUACUGGUUUGCCCAUUACAACGCCUUCACAAUCUUCAGCAGCUGGUACGCCAGAAAUAUCAUCAUAUUUUGAUUCAGAAAAUUUUAUGGAGCCAAGCCCAAUUACUCGGUUAUCAUGCCCGAGCGCAAUUUCUACAAUUUCACAGUAUCCAUUUAUGGCUGAUAAUAUCAAGCCCGAGCAUAAAUUUUACUAUUUCACAAUAUUUGGUUCGCCCAUCACAGCGUCUUCACAAUCUUCAGUGGCUGGUACGCCAGAAACAUCAUCAUAUUUUGAUUCAGAAAAUUUUAUGGCCAAGCCCAAUUACUCGGUUAUCAUGCUUGAGAGCAAUUUCUGCAAUUUCUACAAUUUCACAGUAUCCAUCUCUGGCUGGUUUGCUAUCAUAUUUUAG